AUGUGGGAGGAAAUUUUAACGUUGAAGGAAGCUUACAAAGAUGGGGAAUGGAUUGUGGGAGGAGAUUUCAACGCCGUGAAAGAUAGGAAAGAACGAAAGGGCAAGGUUGGAACGGUAAAUAGUAGAGAGGUGGAAUUGUUUGCGGAUUUUAUUGAUAGAUCAUCUUUGGUGGAUGUACCUUGUAAAGGGCAAAAAUACACUUGGUUUAGCGGGGAUGGUAAGGUGAAGAGUAGAAUUGAUAGAUUUCUUUUAUCUAGCGUCAUUGUCAAUAGAUGGGAGGUGGUUGGUCAAUUGAUAGGGGAUAGAGAUAUUUCGGACCAUUUUCCGAUUUGGAUAAAGACGGAUGUUGCUAAUUGGGGUCCGAAACCAUUUAAAUUCAACAAUGAAUGGUUCUCCUUAGAUUCUUUUAUACCUUUUGUGGAGGGAAGAGGUGAUUUCGUUUUGAAAGAAAAACUUAGGCUCUUAAAAGACAAAUUAAAAGUGUGGAACAAGGAAGUGUUUGGGAGGAUCGAGUUGGAGUUGGAAGAGUGUGUGCAUGAUAUUAAUUUGGCGGACGAUAGGUUGGACACGAAUUCUAGUUCUUCCUUUUUAGCUAAUUUUGAGAUGAGAAAAGAGGCAAAUGGAAACUUUUGGAAGAAUCUUAGGAUCAAAGAAAAUAUGUUUAUUCAAAAAUCAAGAAUUAAGUGGCUUAAAGAGGGAGAUGCUAAUAGCGGUUUUUUCCACAAAGUUAUGAAACAAAGAAGACGUCAAAAUCAUUUGGGUCCGAUUAACACACCCGGAGAGGAGGUUAAAGAAGAGGUUUGGAAUCACUUUGGCAAUAAAUUCAUUGAAACGGAGGAGGUUAGACCGUUGUUGGAUGGUAUUUUCUUUAACUCUAUUAGUGUGGAGGAAGCGGUGGAUCUAGAAAAACCCUUUCUUGAAGGGGAAAUCAAGGAAGCGGUUUGGGAGUGUAGGGUGGAUAAAAGCCCGGGUCCGGACGGGCCUAUUUGCUUGGUGGGAUGCUUGUAUAAGGCGGCGGCUAAAUUGUUGGCGGGGAGACUUAAAAGGGUGCUUAAUUCCAUCAUUUCUCCUUGUCAAAGUGCGUUUGUUCCCGGGAGACAAUUGUUGGAUGGCGUGUUAGUGGCGAAUGAAGUGGUGGAUUAUGCUAGGAAAGAAGGUAAAAAUUGUAUGCUUUUUAAAGUUGAUUUUGAAAAAGCAUACGAUAAAGAGUUCGUGGUUAAUCGGGGUUUGAGGCAAGGCGAUCCUUUAUCUCCUUUUUUAUUUGUGGUGGUGGCGGAAGGGUUAGCGGGUCUUGUGAGAAAAUCCAUUGAGCUUGGAGAAUUUAAUAGUUUUGAUAUUAAAGGUUGUAAGGUGGAUUUGCUUCAAUUUGCGGAUGAUACCUUAUUGGUGGGGGAUGGUAGUUGGAGACAUGGGUGGGCGGUAAAGGCGGUUCUCCGGGCUUUCGAAAUUGUUUCGGGUUUAGACAUAAAUUAUCAUAAAAGCAAAUUGAUUGGUAUUAACUCUAAUUGUUAUUUUUUGGAGGCUGUUUCUCACUUGUUUUCGAGUAGGAUGGAAGAUAGCAAUUUUUAUUUCCUUGGCAUCCCUAUAGGUUUCAAUCCUAGAAAGGAAUCUACGUGGACUCCCCUUGUGUUAAGGUUGAAGAAGCGCUUGGAUGGAUGGUCGAAUCGGUUCUUGAACUUGGGAGGUAGGAUCACUCUUUUAAAAUCCGUGCUUAGUUCCUUAGCCAUAUUCACCUUAUCGUUUUACAAAGCUCCGAGCACCAUUGUUAAUAAAUUCAAGAGUAUCCAAACUCUUCUUAAUAAAUGGAGAAGGGGGAUUCUUCAAGGCCAAAAUUCUUUGUGGUUUGAUGUUUUAAAAUCGCGUUAUGGAGAUUUAUCUUCUAAGGUGUUUUGUGUAGAAAAAGAUCAUAAAAUUCCUUCUUCUUGUUCUUUUUGGUGGAAGGAUUUAUUAAAGAUUGGUGCCUUGUCUUUGUUAGAUCCCGUCGUUGAGAAAUGUAGCUUUACAAUUCAUGAUGGUUACAAAACUCCUUUUUGGGAAGCUAGGUGGUUGGAGGAUAUUGUGUUGAAAGACCAUUUUCCGGAAUUAUACAAGGCUUCUAGUUUGAAACAUGUUUCGGUAGCGGCGAUGGGAGGGUUGAGAGAAGGUAUUUGGUAUUGGAGCAAUCUUGGUAUUUCGGUCGAUUUGUUGGGGAAUGGCGGUUUAAGGGAGCUAUUGGGUGCGGUAAAGGAGCGGUUGGAUGGUUUUGUGGGUUGGAAAGAGGGAAAGGACUUGGUUACGUGGCAUGACAAUUUGAGUCCGAUUUUUUCGGUGGCAUCUUGCUAUAAUUUUUAUGAAAGUUUGUGCAUUCCGUUAGGCCCGAAUAACAAGUGCGAUGAAGCUUUUGGCUUGCUUUGGAAAAUGGAUGUCCCUUUUAAAAUUAAAGCUUUUGGUUGGAGACUUUUUCUCAACAAACUUCCAACAAAGGACCUUUUGGCGAAUAGAGGUAUAUCCCUUUCUUAUAAUGAUUUGUUGUGUAUUUUGUGCGGGUGUGGUAUGGAGGAUAGAAAUCACUUCUUUUUUAGUUGUCCGGUGGUGAAAAGGGUUUGGAGGGAGAUGGCUAUUUGGGUGGGCAAGAAGGAAAAUAGGGAGGAAGGAUGUUUAGCUAAUUUCAUGGAUUGGUACUAUUAUUUUGAAGGCAACAAAGUGAGACAUAAGAAGGAGGGGAUUGUGUGGCUUGCGACAACAUGGUACAUGUGGAUUUUGAGAAAUGGGGUGUGUUUUAGGAAGGACAAAUGGAGUGUCAACAAUGUCGUUUGGAAUAUUAAAACGCUUGUGUGGAAAUGGUCUUUUUGUGGGAAUAUUACCCAUCCCAAUUAUAUGUUUUACGAGUUCAAUAUGGAUCCUUUGUUAUUUAUUUCGUAA